AUGACAACGGCCCAGGAGAAAAUGAUUCUGUUCUUUCGACAAGUGUGGACUUUGACAGUCAAGAAUUUACUUGUUGUUCUUGUUCGACCCCUGUUCACGACCAUUCUUCGGGCACUGAUCCUGCCAAUAUGCUUUGUGGCCUUCAUAUCUUAUGCUCGCAAUUUGUUUAUCCAGCCAGCGACUUACGGGAUUGGCAGUCCAGCUCGCGUCCGGUCGUUCUCUGAUACAUUGGAUUUUGUCGGUGCAGGAAGGAACAGAUUGAUUUUCGUUAGCAACGGUCUCGUUGGCGGCCCAAUUGAACAAGUAAUCAACGAGGUUGCACAGCCAGCGGAGAAAAGCCAAUAUGAAGUUCAUAUUCUUGCCGACGAGACUGAAGUGCGGGAGUUGUGUCGAACAUCGCUUCGUGGCAUGUCUAGAUGUAUUGCGGCCGCCGUCUUUUACUCAUCCCCGACAGAAGGCCCAGACGAGGCCUGGAACUACACAAUCAAAACGGAUGCAGUAUUGGGCGAGGGAAUCGAUGUGGAUAGCUCCCACAAUGAUCAACAAAUAUAUCUUUUACCUUUCCAACGAUCUAUCGAUUGGGCUAUUGCACGAACCAAUACCUCGUUUAACCCUAAUGAUCUUCCUGAAGUGACAUUAGAAUACCCGUACACAUCUCUGAGUGAAGAGGAGCGCGAGGAUCAAAUCCGGACCCGCUACAUGGGAGCCAUCAUCGAUGUUAUAGCUGUGGCUAUAUUCAUUGGCAUAGUAGGUGUGACAUACCAGCUUACUGGCCUAAUCGCAAUGGAAAGAGAACUGGGUAUGAGCCAGCUUAUAGAUUGUAUGAUGCCAAAUUCGUCUCCAUGGGUAUCCCAAGCAGCCCGGUUUUGCGCUGCCCAUCUUGCCUUGGAUAUCGUUUACGGGCCGGGAUGGAUAGUCAUGGGUGCAAUCCUGAAGGCUGGGGUAUACAGAAGAACCUCUGCUGGCAUCACGCUGGUACAUUACAUUUUGACUGGCCUUGCCUUGUCGUCUUUCGCGAUUUUCGGCGCUUCGUUUUUCAAAAGAGCUCAGCUCAGUGGUAUAUCAGUCGUGCUUGCCUGCCUACUCUUAGGCGUGGUAGCACAAAUGGUGCCAGCAACGAGCAAUGGACCGGUCAUUAUUCUCGGCCUUCUAUUUCCGUCAAUGAACUACGUUUACUUUUCCGUAUUCGUGGCUCGAUGGGAAAGAGAAAAUCUUGCAGCUACGCUAACAGAAGCAGCACCGAAUAACCCUUGGAGUCUUCCCGGUGUGACCUUGUGGGUGCUAUUGAUCAUUCAGAUCAUUGUAUACCCCAUCCUGGCAGCUGUGGUAGAACGCAUUUUAUACGGUACCGCAUCGAAGAACCGGCAAUCAUCUAAUUCCGAUGCCGCUAUUGCGCUGAGUAUUCGCAACUUUUCCAAGAUAUACCACCCAGGAUGGUUUUAUCGGACAAUUGGAAGGCGGUUUGGUAGCAACCGCCAGGCUGUGCAUGCGGUGGACAAUCUUUCAAUCGAUGCCAGCAAAGGGCAAAUCAUGGUCUUGCUUGGGGCCAAUGGUUCGGGAAAGUCUACCACCUUGGAUGCUAUCGCAGGCCUAUCUAAGUUGUCAGCUGGAGAGAUUGACAUAAAUUACGGCGAAAAAGCACCGAAAUUUGGCCUCUGUCCACAGAAGAACGUUCUCUGGGAUAAUCUAUCUGUCAGGGAACAUGUAAAGAUAUUCAACACACUCAAAUCCACUGGAAAAGGUGAUACAGACAAGAAAAUUAUGCAGCUCUUGAAGGAUUGCGAUCUCAAAAAAAAGGCCAAAGCACUCUCGAAAACACUCUCCGGUGGCCAAAAAAGAAAGGUGCAACUAGCGAUGAUGUUUACUGGUGGCUCUUCAGUUUGCUGUGUUGAUGAGGUUUCCUCUGGCCUCGAUCCACUGUCUCGGAGGAAGAUAUGGGAUAUCUUGCUGGCAGAAAGAGGAUCUAGAACAAUCAUUUUAACCACUCAUUUUCUAGACGAGGCAGAUCUUCUUGCCGACAAUAUCGCAAUUCUCUCAAAAGGUGUCUUAAAAGCUAAUGGAUCGAGCGUUGGGUUGAAAAGCCAACUAGGCGCUGGCUAUCGCAUUCAUGUCCUCAACGUCCCUGGAGCAGAGCAGGCCAAUCGAACACGAUUCCAGAGCAUACCCCGGGAAGUUCACUUCGAUGAGACGGUAUAUACAGUCCAAGGCUCAGCAGAAGUGGCUCGGUUUGUUUCGGACUUGGAACAAGAAGGCGUCAUGGAGUAUCGUGUUAGCGGCCCUACGAUUGAAGAUGUUUUCCUCAAGGUUGCGAGCGAAUUUCACUUCGAGACUGCCCAUGAUGAUAUCCGUGACGCCACUGAAGGCACUGAAACCAACUCCAGGUGUCAUCCGCUGAGUCUUAUGACUGGCCACCGUAUUAGCCUGGUGCUUCAGGCAUGGUAUCUAUUCCGCAAGAGAAUGACCAUCCUCCGCCGCAACCCCCUCCCAUACCUUGCCGCUUUUUUGAUACCUGUAAUUGCAGCAGGACUGGUGACAUUGUUCCUUCAGGGUGUUUCGAAGCCUAGGUGCUCGGGGGAAGAUUCCUACCGAACGCCUGAGUCCACCAUCGCGGACCAGUGGAGUGACUUGCUUCUAGUAAUCGGGCCAUCGGACAGAGUACAGCCAGGACUCCUGGAAAGUUUUGUUGCCGCUAUGAGUGACAGUCUUGAUGUCGACCCGGGAGGAGCUAAUAACAUGGGACAACCAUCCAGCCAUGAAUCUCAUUUUCAUACGGUCGACAACUACCCAGAGUUCGAAAAUUAUAUAACAGCCAACUACGCCAAUGUGACUCCAGGUGGUGUCUAUCUAGGGGAUUCCCUUUGGCAGCCCACCAUUGCUUGGAAGGGAGACAACGCCAACUUCCCUCUUGCUGCGAUCACGCAAAAUGUGCUAGAUCGCCUCCUGACAGGCAUUCCGAUUAACAUCGGUUUUGCGUUCUUUGAUAUUCCAUCCAUGCCCGAUUUCUUCGACAUUCUACAGCUCAUUGUAUACUUUGGGCUUGCCAUGUCAGUUUACCCGGCUUUCUUUGCAUUAUACCCAACUACUGAACGACUUCGGAACGUGCGCGGACUGCAUUACAGCAACGGUGUCAGAGCUCUAUCAUUGUGGCUGGCAUACAUAUCCUUUGACUUUUGCCUCGUCGUUGCGUCAAGCGUCAUCGCAAUCAUCAUUUUCAGGGCCGUGUCCGAUAUCUGGUUCCACAUAGGAUAUCUCUUUGUGGUAUUCUUCCUCUAUGGCCUUUGCGGUACUCUAUGUGCUUACUUGGUGUCUCUAUUUACGAAGUCACAACUGGCAGCUUUCGCAUUCGCUGCCGGUGGGCAGUGUGUCGUGUUUCUCAUCUACUUUAUAGCUUAUAUGUCAGUUCUGACUUACGCCCCAACGGACAAGAUUGACUCGUACAUUGAGAUUACACACUUCACUAUUGCCAUUAUUUCUCCGUCAGGAAGCUUGUUGCGUUCUCUAUUCACCUCCUUGAAUGUAUUUUCAAUCCUCUGCCGAGGCCCUGCAGGCCGGGAUAUGGCCUCUUACCCAGGGGAGAUAGGUCUCUACGGCGGACCUAUUCUUUAUCUUACUGUCCAAUCGAUAUUUUUAUUUACGCUUCUGAUUUGGAUUGAAGGUGGCUCAUCUAUAUUUUCUCGCUUACGGCCGAAGUCCAAACUACUCGAUGUGGAGGAGAAGGAACCAAUGGACCGCGACAUUGCAGAUGAAAUUGCUCGCGUGUCCAACUCGAAGGACAACCUCCGUCUGUUGCAUAUCAGCAAAACGUUCAAGAAAUCUGUGGCCGUAGAGGGUAUCACUUUUGGUGUUGGAACAGGCGAGGUCUUCGCUCUUCUGGGCCCUAACGGCGCGGGCAAAACAACCACGAUCUCUCUGAUCCGCGGCGACAUACAACCGACACGCAAUGGUGGUGAAAUAUUCGUCGACAGCAUCUCGGUCUUAAAACAGCGUGCGGCUGCGCGGUCCCGCCUCGGCGUUUGUCCUCAAUUUGACGCAAUGGACCAAAUGACAGUCCUUGAGCACCUCGUUUUCUACGCCCGCAUUCGCGGAGUGCCAGAAAUCCCCCACAACGUCAAUGAAGUAAUCCGCGCAGUCGGCCUCUCACAGUUCAAGCACCGUAUGGCAGCGAAACUAUCUGGCGGAAACAAGCGUAAAUUGUCCCUGGGCAUCGCGCUCAUGGGCAACCCCUCCGUUUUGCUGCUCGAUGAACCUUCCUCUGGAAUGGAUGCUGCUUCUAAGCGUGUUAUGUGGAGGACCCUUGCGGCUGUUUCGCCAGGCCGUUCAAUAGUCCUCACAACUCAUUCGAUGGAAGAAGCGGAUGCCCUCGCACAUCGCGCCGGGAUUAUGGCUAGACGCAUGCUCGCCCUGGGAACCACGGACGCACUUCGGUCUAGGUACGGAAAUAUGUAUCACGUACACAUUGUCCACACACAAGCGCCACAUACAAGCGACGACGACAUGGAGAAAAUCCGGAACUGGGUGACAGAUAGCUUCGCGGGUGCGGUGAUCGAGCAGAAGACGUACCACGGACAGCUACGCUUCAGUGUUCCAGCAGAUAUGUCCCACGAGAACGAACGUUAUACAAAUAGUGAAGAUGAAAAGAGUUCGGCUUCCUGUGAAUUGGAAACCGGUGAUGAAAUACAACCCAUUUCGCUGCGUUCCGGCGGUUCGACUCUCCUACGUCCCAGGGCGGGACCGGAAAUUUCCAGAGCGAGAAGUAGUAUUAGCAAGGUCUUUUCUCAGCUUGAGCAAAAUAAGGCUGUGCUGGGGGUGGAACAUUAUUCUGUGAGCCAGACGACGCUGGACCAGGUCUUUUUAACGAUUGUUGGAAGGCAUAAUAUCAGAGAGGAGGAUUCCGGGUAG